AUGAAUGAACUAAAUACAGAAAAUCUUAUUACGGUCUUCUCAAAUAUAUCUUCUAUAAAGGGUAAACUCCAGUGUAUUCUUGUAUGUAAAAAGUGGUACAUGAUUAUGGCCGAAAAUUACCUUUACAAGCAGCUUAACUUCUGCAACAUAAACAACUUUAACAAGGCUCUUGAUCUAUUUGACAUAAAACCAAAAUUUGGGAAUCAUGUUGAAAGUCUAACUAUCCAAAGCUGCGAAAUUGAUAUUGUAUCUGUGUUUUUGUUGCCAAAACAGUUCCCUAAUACAAAGCAUUUAUAUUGGUGGGAAGAUAUUCGGACAGAAGAAGAAAGAAUUAAUAAUGAUAUAUCAAUCAAGAAUCUUCCUCAUCCGCUUAUCUAUCGACGUGAACUUAGCAGAUGGAACCAGCUGGAAAGUAUUGAUAUCAGAACGGAAAGACUUCCUUUUUUGACAGUGUUGUUUGAAUCAUCGUUACUAGACAAUUUGACUUCUGUCAAAAUUUGCUUCAACCCAUGGCAUUUAGACGAUUAUUUUGACCGCCAAACAUUGUCAAAGCUUCGUCCAAUAGUCAAAUCAUUUAUCAGCAACAUUAAAAACGCCCCAUCUCUUGAACGUUUAGUAAUGAAUUGUGCUGUUUUGGAUUUAUCUGACAUGGAAGACCUACAUGCUAGUGUACCCACUUAUUAUACCCGACCUUCGGGAGAUAGAAACAAAUCUAUCAUCCCCCCUCAAUUAUUCUGUGAAGAAAAACGCCGGUUGUUCCAUGAGAGGGUCGUUAUUGGAGAGGAUAGCCCAGAAGUAGUUACGUUAGAAACAAAAGGAGCUGAGGAUAUGUUUGGAUGGGUCGAAAUGGUUGAUGACACUUGGUACAAUUCUGUAACUGGUGAAAAGAGUGACGUUUCGCCUUACCAAUAGUGCUAAACUUAAUUUUUUUUUUUUUUCAUAUAUUCCCCUCACCUAUUAUCAUACCAGUACUUGAUUAAAUAAAAAUAAUAUAACUCAAACUGAAC